UCUUUGGCGCCAACUGCAACUCUAUCGAACGAAGAGUAGCCAUUUAUCUCCUGCCUUUUCUGCUUCCAUGGCCAAAAAUCCUCCAAAACAAAACCAUUCUCUGUGUAAAAUGGCCCAGCUUGACCAAAAUCUUAUGUACUGCCCAACAGAAAAACAUAUACAAAAUGAAAAUCUUCCCUUCUCUUAAAUAAAAAUAAAAAAAUGAAAAGGAAACAUGGAAAGCUAAGACAGAUAGAGAGAAGGAAAGAUGUCUUCAAUUGUCCUCCAACCACAGAGCUCCCUAUCUCUAAAAAAAAAAAAAAAAAGAAAACAACUUAAUUCCCACAUUUGCCCUUGUCUGCAUCCCAUCUUCCAUCACUGAUUCAACUCAAAACUCUUUUCCCGUUCUUCAUGGGACAUUUCGGGUUCUCACAAUCUCCAACCAGUUUCAGAGAAGGAGAAUAGCAGAUCGGAUACACCCCAACUUUCUCCUUCCUCUCCUUCUUCCUUAUUAUUUUUAUUAUCAUUAUUAUUGCCUUUUUUGUGUUUCUUCCGUUCGCUGCCCCUUUUUCUUCGUUCCCUAGAAUUCCAAUUCGUAUCUCCCUUAUGUGACUCAAUUUUGGUUUUUCUUUCUUACCUUGUUUUGAUUUCGGAUUUGUCAAUAAGCUAAUAAAAACAAGCUUCUUUUUGGGUUCUUGGAAUUUUCUUUUUUUCUUCUCCUAAUUGGAACUGGAGAUAGUUUUCUGGAUUAUAAAAUUUUAAGGCUGAAGAUUUUUUUUUUUUUUUUUUAAAAAGAUAGAAGGGCUUUCGGAGUUUUCUGCAAAUUUUCUGAUAUAUUUUCUUGAUAAAUUUUUUAGUCAAUUUUCAAGUGUUUGUUAUUGGGAUCUCAAUUAAGAUGAAAAGGGCUUCUCUAAAUUCUCAUCGGCAAUAUAACUAUGUUGAUGAGGAAGCUAGGGCUAGAUUGAAGCAUCAAAAUCUACUCCAGGAGUUCCUGGAAUUGCAAAAGGAAUUUGUUUCAAUUAAGAAGAAAUUGCAGACAGUGAGCCAGAAGCGAGAAACUCUUUUGGCUGAAGUUCGAUUCUUAAGACGGAGGUACAGUGAUUUAUCAAUAACCCAGUCUCAAGAAUAUGAACUACUGCAAGAUUCUGUUCAAUUACAAAAUCCCUGCCUGCAAAGCAAAAUGGCUAAAAACUAUGGCAUCAAUGAAGCUGUUGAGAGAGGACCAUGUUCUCUUCCUGAUUUAGACCCAAACGUGGAUCGUGAGGAAGGGGGUAAGAGGAGUCAAGUAGAUGUUCAGGCCCCGUCGAGAAAGGAGAAGAAGCCCAAAAACUGUUUUAUCAAUGGCAAAAGGGUUAAGCAGAAGAAAAUAUCAUGGCAAGAUCAGGUGGCUUUGCAAGUGUAAUGAAUAAGUAAUCUUU